UUCACCCUAACUGGGCCACUCUCUCUCUCUCUCUCUCGCUCUCUCUCUCUCUCUGAGCGCAUGCGUGAGUGAGUCAGUGGGCGGAUUUGUUGAGUGAGAGUUUCACAACGCGAGUUAACUUUCUUUGAUGCUACAUGGCAACAAUAUUGAGCAACAGCAGUGGCGUUUUGGGAACAAUGAGCCCCAGCACAUCAACAGAAGAGUAUGAUUACUCAGAGAUUACCUUUAGUGAGCCGUGUCAUUAUGGACACCAUGCAAGCCGUUUCCUCCCGGUUCUCUACUCACUGUUCUUCGUGGUCGGCUUCCUGGGCAACAUGCUGGUGCUGUGGGUGAUCCUGAGAGGCGCUCAGAUAAAAAGCAUGACUGAUGUGUCUUUCCUGAACCUGGCCAUUGUUGACCUUCUACUACUCUUUACUCUCCCCUUCCUGGCUCACUAUGCCAGAGAUACCUGGGUUUUUGGUGAUGCCAUGUGCGGGCUGGUCCUCAGUGUGUACUACAUUGGAUUCUACUCUGGAAUUUUCUCUAUUGUGUUGAUGAGCAUUGACAGAUAUUUGGCUAUUGUCCAUUCUGUGUGUGCCUUAAGAAUCCGUACAAAGAUUGUAGCUAGUAUAGUCAUUUGGAUUUUAGCCAUUAUAGCCUCAUUUCCUGAGCUAUUGUUCCUUGGAGUCGAAAUUUAUGGCAGUGAAACAGUGUGCAGUGCUUAUCCGAAAAAUGCAAGUCACAAUGAAAUGAGAAUUGCAGCUUUCUUUAAAAUGAACAUUGUGGGUCUGCUAAUUCCACUGAUUAUUGUCGGAUUUUGCUUCUGUAUGGUGCUCCAGAGGCUUCAGACCCUUCAUAUGUCCAAGAAACUGGAUGAAUUUCGUCUUGUUAUCGUGGUCAUGGUGGUCUUCUUCUGCUGCUGGACACCAUACAACAUUGCAGCUUUCCUCAAAGCACUGGAGCUAAAGAAAAUCCUUCCUCUAACGUGUCAACUCAGCAAAAAUAUCCAGCUGACGCUGCAAGCCACCGAAGCCAUAGCGUACUCACACAGCUGCCUCAAUCCGUUCCUCUAUGUGUUUGUGGGGGAAAAGUUCAGGAGGCACCUCGCCAGGCUCCUCCUCCAGACACCAUGCGUCCAUGUUAAGUGUAUGAAGAGCUACAUGACCCGGGUCGCAUCCUCUGUGCAUGCACAAAGCUCGAGUGUGAACGAGCACAUUAGUGCUGUUUGAAUGGACUUUCAUUUUAUGCUACAUAUAUGUACUACUAAAAAUUAGAUUGUAUUUGCAUGAAUUAUAUAUACAGUGAAACCUUGACUUACGAGUGACUGAACUUACGAGUUUUCCGAGAUACGAGCCGUCGCUCGGCUGAUUUUUUGCUUAAAGAUACGAGCCGAGAUCUGAGUUAAGAGCGAGCAAGCUUACGCCACCCGCCACUUGGUAGCCCAGCGAGUGGUCAGUUCACGUGGUUAUCUCUCCAGGUCGUGCGUUGGUGCUGUGUAACGACGCUUGCCUCACUUAUUUUCCAAACAUUUUGAAAAGGACGAAGAAACAAACCUCCUUGGACAGGUUUUUAUUGAAACGCCCUGCAAGUGAAAGCGAGGAAAGUGUGGUGAAAAAGGCAAAAAGUCAGUGAUGAAGAAGAUUAAGUGAAGUGAAAAAAAUAAAUAAAUAGAAAGUAGCAAUUAAGUUUAGCGAUAAAGUGUAGCAUAGUGUGUAAGUUAAAUUAGCAAUUAAUUGUAGCAUUAAGUGUGCAGCGAGUAAGUUAAGUGAUAGAGUACGAAAUGAAAAACUCUGCCAACCUCCUCCACCAGCAUCUUUGUCUGAUCGUCAACAUAAAUACACUUAAUAAAGCCAGUUUAUUUCUUUACAUUCUUUUUUAUUAUGUAUUAUUAUUUUUUUUAUACAUUAUUUGUUAUCUAUAAAGUACAUUUUUCUUAUUUAAAAACAUGUAACAAAAAAAAUUUGGGGGGCUGGGACGGAUUAAUAGCAUUUCAAUUCAUUUUAAUGGAGAAAUUUAAAUUGAUAUACGAGCAAGUUGUCGUAAGUCAAGGUAUUACUGUAUAUACUUUUAGCUAAAGAUUAACAUAUCAUACUCCUUUUUUAAAUAUGCUGUGCUCUCUCUUUACAUUGCUGUUCAGGAAAUUGCUAAGAACAACUUGGAAAUUUGAUUGACAGCGAUGUUUUGGCUCUGAUGUGCUCUCUAUUACACUUAUCUGUAUGGGUAUGGUUACUGACCUGAUCUUAUUCGUCUCAGACUUAUGAAUGAAUUAUAAACAAGAGCACUAAGCCUAAUCUCUUCUCUUUCUGUAAACUUUCUAUACCUAAAACACUAAGACAAUUUCUUUACAUAGGUCAUGUUAAUGUCACUAAAUAUUACUCAACCUUCACAAUGUAUCACAGUACCUUUUUUAUAUAAGUGUAGACUGUGGAAAAUUAAACGAAAAAAACAAAUUUGGUG